AUGAGAUCCAAAAAUGCCACGUGCACUUACAGGGACGCGCCGCCUCCUGCGUCUAAGACAGGGCAGCAGGGAACCUUUGUCGAGCCACGCGAGACGCCGCUGAUCGGAUCCGAGACAACCUCCCCCUUAACUCCGAGCACUCUCAGUACCGCGGCUCCCACUAGCACCACGGUCGACACUUCAAGUAAUGCUGUUGUCGACACUAACUGGCCGCCCCUCGGCAAUGCCACGGCCAACAACAGCCAGACAGCACCGGAGGAGUCAACAUGUCCAGCAGCCGACACUCCGUACUCGACCUUUACCAAAAGCUCGCGGGUCGAGACACGGUAUAUGCAUGUCUCCGGGGACUUCUAUUUCCACUCCGAGCAUCGCCUGGCUGGCCAGCCCCAAGCCGUCAAGAGGAGUGUCACACACAAGACGCGCCUGUUUGGGCCGAGUCACUGGGCCAAUACCGCAGUAAUGCUUUAUGACAUGUUCCACGUCCUCGAACAAAACUUACGAAAUGAGAGAUCCAACAUCUUCGUCUACGAAAAACGAUGCAAGGCCCUGGCUAGGACCAUCAAAGCUCGCCGUUCCCCGGCUUGGCCCUGCCCACCCUCCCCUGAGUUGCCGGCCCGGGCCAUGUGCGACGCUCUCAUCGACUGCUAUCUCCGCACAAGCGAAGCCGUGAUGCGCGUGCUGCAUGUGCCCAGCUUCAGACGCGACUACGAAGCACUUUGGGACCCAAGCAGCAACCCCGAUCCAGCGUUCCGCGUCCAGCUCAAGCUAGUUCUAGCCCUUGGUGCGGUAGCCUAUGACUCCAUCUUCUCACUACGCCCCUUCGCCAUACGAUGGACAUACGAGGCUCAAACCUGGAUUUCAGCCCCAGAGUUCAAGCACCAGCUGGUCCUCCCCUCGCUGCAGACCGGCAUACUGCUCCACAUGGCGCGUGAGACAGUAGGUGUUGGCGAGGACAUGGUCUGGGCCGGCGUCGGCACUACGUUUCGCAUGGCAAUGUACAUGGGCCUGCACCGGGAUCCGUCAGGUCUGGGGCCCAGGAGGAAGGUCCCACUCAUAGCUGAGAUGCGUCGGCGAUUGUGGAAUACCAUCCUCGAGUUAGCGCUACAGUCAAGCCUUAGCUCGGGCGGACCGCCGCUAUUCAAUCUAGACGACUUCGACACGGAGCCGCCGGGAAACUUUGACGACGAGCAGCUAAGCCGCGAAUCGCUGGAGCCUCCGGUCCCCAAACCGCAAGCCGAGUUCACUCAGACGACCAUCGCUAUCGCGCUCCGCAAGCUGCUGCCACAACGACUAGCCAUUGUCAAGUACCUCAACGAUCUUUCUUCCCGUGCGAGCUACACGGAGACCCUGAGACUCGAUGCCGAACUCCGCGAAGCGUACAAGAGUCUCACCCGAAGCCUGCAGGCAAUGAAAGCGCCCUCAGGCGGUCCUUCCGACGUUGCGCUCCGCCUCCUUGAGCUCCUCCUCCGCCGCUACCUCCUCUGCCUCCACCUCCCUUUCUUCGGCCCUUCCUUCCGAGAUUCCGAAUUCGCCUUCUCCCGCCGCGUGGUCGUCGACACCGCCCUCCGCCUAUGGCGCGCCGCCUUCCUCAUGCCUCUCUCUCUGUCCGCCGACUCGGCCGAUCUGGAUGACCCCGUCGCCCGGAUUGCAACCUCCGGGUCGGGUCUGUUCGGCACCGUGGCGAUCCAGGGAUUCGUAGCCGUCGCCGUCGAGCUGAAGACGCUCAUCCGCGAGGAGGAGAGCCUGGUCCUUCUCGGUCCCGGGGAGGUGCGGCCGGACCUGCUGCUUGCGCUGCAGGACUUCAAGGCCUGGUCGUGGAAGGCCAUGGAGGCGGGCGAGACGAAUAGCAAGGGCUACCUGGUGUCCUGUAUGGUCUUCGCGCAGGUGGAAGCCGUGCGGAAGGGGUUGGACGAGACGCAGACUGCCGCGUACGUGGAGAAGGCGGCCGAGGAGGCUGAGAAGAGGAGUAUGCGGUUGCUGGAGGAGGCCGAAGCGAGGACCAGGCCCAUUCAGGAAAACGAGGCAGUGAGUGUUGGCGGUGGGACGGGGAGCAGCAUGUUGGAUACGCCGCCGGAAACGUGGGGCGCCGAGGAGUGGGAUAUGGAUUAUAUGGUGUCGGACUUCCUGGUUGAUCCGACCGGCACGGAGAACAUGAGCUGGGUCUUUCAGUCCGCGUUUGGGUGA